GAGUAAGUACAACAUCAAUUCAAAAACAGAAAGGAGCAUCUAUCCAUGCUGAAACACUAUCAUGAGUACCAAAAAGUUAUUAAUCUUAGUGGUCUACCUGCUUCUACACAUCUGUUUUUCACAAGCAUCACCGGUAUUGGAAUGUGAUGGGAUACAGAAAUCAUGCAUGAAUGAAGAUGCUGCUUCAAUCACAGGCAAAAACUCUGAAGAAACUGCAAUAGAUCAUGCAGUUAAAAUGAAAAAUGCUUUAGAAGACUUUAAGAGUUUUGGAGAAGGCCUAGAACAAUUAAACACAAUUUUGAAGGACACAGAAAAAGUCAGUAAAACCCUGACCAAAGUCCUGAAAGUGAUGGAUUCCUUGUCCAAAGUUGCAUCUUGUUUUGGAUUUGUUGGCUCAAUAUUAGGUUUAAUUUUGGCCUUCAUUCCACAAAGUGAUCCCAAUAUGGAAUUCAUGAAAGAGCAAUUUUCAGAGAUCAACAGAAAACUAGAUUCAAUCGCUCUUCAAAUAGACUCCUUAGCAAAGGAGAUUGAGUGGGACACCUAUGCAAGUACAUAUGGUAGAGAUGAGAAUGCCAUAAAAAACUCCUGGGCUGAGUUGAUGAAAUUCCUAGAACAGGCUCAGGCUCCUGCACUCGAUGAAAGAAGGAAAGCAAGUUUAGCUGAAGCUUUUACCAUUCACUACACCAACAGUGCAACACGUAACAGUGUCUCUAACUUUUAUCGCUACCUAACUGAAAACGAAGCUGCCAGUCUCAACAAAAAUCUUUUACAACUUGUCCUUCAGAAGUCGAAGGGUGACGUCAAGAUCCUGUCAAAGUAUUCUGGCUACUUUUUGAGUCUCAUGGUUAAAGGCUUGCAGCUGAAUGUGUAUUAUGACAUAAUGAAGGGAUAUGGGGGUGUUUCUGGAGCAAAAGAGGGAGUUGAAAGGUUAACCACCAUGCUGACAGCAAUGAAGGAAGCUAUGAUUCAGUGUGCAGAUGGAACUUUAAAUUGGGCUUUGGAAGAUGCUAAUAAAAUUGCAACAGAACAAUUCUCAAGCAAUUUAGAGCUAGCCAAUGCCAUCAGUACAAAACUGAACCAGAAGUUUAUCUGGUAUGAAUGGACAGUUAUAGUGCAUGGUACUGACAAUAAAGAGGAGAAAGUAUUUGGCUAUUCUACAGAUCUUGUUGCCCAAAACAAGGCAAAAAUUCAUAUUAUCCACAGAGAAAAAAACUUUAAAGUCAAUGAGGGUAUUAAAGAGGAAAUAAAAAGAGAACUUGGAGAAAGUCUGUGUCGCAAAAUGGAAAAUAGUGGCUUGGAUAGUCCUUUUGCUGACAGGACUUUAAAACAUUUAGAAUACAUCCACACUGUUAAUAAAGAUUCAAGCUAUGCUCAAACACCUACCAGAGGCUUAAUAGAGUUUGAGUGUAAAAAAACAGUACCCACUCAAUACACAACAAUUUCAUUGAAGAUGUUUGAUCUUACAAUAUUUUUGAAGAGUAAUGAUGUUGUUGAACAGGACCCUUGCUCGAAAAACAAAUGUCACAAUGAUGGAAAGUGCAAACAACUUAAAGACACAACAGAGGAAUUGUGUAUAUGCACCAGAAUGUUCACUGGUCCAACAUGCAAGGAAAGUGUUGAACAUUUCAUCGACUUUUCAGCUAUAGAAGCUCAACUGACUGGUAUUGCCUUAAAGCCUGUACCAGAUAUGACUGCUAUAUAUUACAGUAUCAAGGACCUGCAAAGCUAUGCAAGAAUACAAGUUCAAACUCUCCGCAAUGACAUAGCUUGGACCGUUAUAUUUGUGAAGUACUUCGAUGUCAUAGAGAAAUUCCGUUACAUAAAAGAUAAACUCUUUGAACUUCAAGCUGAAAAUGUAACACAAAGCCAUUUCACAGCAGAAGUUGGAGGCACGUUUACAAAAGGUACCACAUUCUUGUACAUGCUCAGCAAAUUCAACAAGAUGAUGCAGGGCAAAGGGUUCGGGGAGACAAGGACAAUCCUAGAUAUUGUUCGAGAGACUCUGCUGAUUGACAGUAACGAAAACAACCCAAAGGAAUGCACUUUAGAAUACAGUGAUAAAUUAGAUUAUUUUGUACACUACAUAUUUGCCCUUGAGAAAGAAGCCGUCUCAGCCUGGUCAAAUUAUCUGGUGAUCACAGGGCAAAAAGACGAUGUAAAUAUAGUCAAGGAAACAUUUAAACGAUAUGUCUCUGAACAGUGGGCAUUAUACAACAAAAUUGGAUGCGGACCACUUAAUGCUGAAAAACUAUCUAAUAGUUACUGCAAGAAGCCUUACCACAGCAUUAAACAGAUGGUACACCUCAAAUGUGAAGAUGGCUACAAACCAUUUCCAAAGACCGUCACCUGCUCUAAUGGACAAUGGAGUCACUUGCCUGUGUGUCACACUGACCAGAUUGAAAAGUUGACCUUGGAAUGCAAAUAUGAAAAGGGAACAACAGUCUGCACAGCGUCAUGCAUGAAUGGAUGGACUUUCCCAGACGGCAGUGUGAUUGUGAACUAUAAGUGUUCAGAUCAGCCUUGUAAGGCAUUAGAUCUAGCCAGAUGUGAUAGGUGCAGUAUUGACAGAGUUUGUCAGGAUAGCAAAGUGUGUAGAGAAGGAAAAUGCAUCUCUGCAUGCAAUGACAAUCCCUGUGGGAUCAAUGCUGUUUGCACUGGAGCAAAUCAUGCACCCAAAUGUACAUGUAGGAGUCCUUGGGUAGGAAACCCUUACCAGGGCUGUCGUGAAAAGGAUCUACGUUGGGAGACCUCAUCAGAAAUACCAUCAAAUGCUGUCAAAUCCCCUACAGGAACAGUUGUUUGCAGAGGUAGAGCACCCGAUGAUCGAUAUCACGGAGGAUGGAUUUAUGUCACUGGUGGACAAACGUGCUGCAAUUUUGAGUAUGAUUUGCGUGAACACUCUGUUCGGGACUACCAGGUUCUUGUGGAUCCAUGUGCUGGUAGUGGAGUGGAAUGGGUCACAGGCGGUCCAAACAGCAAAUCGGUAAAGAUUGGAGCCUCAGCACGUUACCCAGAUGUAAUGACGUUUGUGUGCAAUGAUCGCAACGGAAUUACAGGAAAAGUGUUUCUUACUCGAAAUGGCUGGCGGUGUCAUAUAGGAUUUGGAAACCAGGCUUGGCUUAACGAUGUCUUCACCAUACUACAACAAAAGCCAUGCAUUUAAGGCAUCUACAGUGACUGUCUCGCUGCAGAACCUCACCUCCUUUCAGUAAUGAAGGAGUGAAUCACAAUUUUGCUGAAUACUCAUUAUUACAUUACUUAAUGGGCAGUGAACAAGUUUUAUUAUUCGUACAAAUUAUUCUGGACUUUCAUGGUUUUGCUUGCAACGCAAAUGAUAAACAUUUUAAUCUCAUAGUUAAUAUACUGAUAGAGGAAUGGAACAUCAUUGUGGACUUCAGUCAGAAGUGGGGAUGUCCUAAAAUGUACUCUAUAGAGAAGAUUCAGAAUUAGAUUGCUUGCUUUAAGCCUGAUAUUAAUUACUUACAUGCUACUGUACAUCCAGUGUUCCAGAAUCAAUAAACGGCACAUUAUAUGUGGUUUUCACACAAAAUAA